AUGUCGCCGCCAGUACAAGACACCAACAUUUACACGAAGCGACCUCUCUACAUCUACGACCUGCCUUCUGAGCUGAUCGAGACACUAACCUUGCAGACCACAGCAUCACGUACCUUGGAGGCAUCAGACGACAUCGAGGAGAAGCCAACAACGAGGAACUUGAACGAAGACGGACUACCUACCUCCCUAUCAUGCGCGCUGUGUAAGGCCUCCUUCCGAGACCUAAAGCAACUUCCUCCUAUAGACGAGGCUACUUUUGUGCAAAAGAUUGGAGAGCUUGAUGAGUCGAUAUCCGGGUCAGAUUCUUCCGAGUCGGAGGAAGACAAUGAGAAUGGUAACGACACGACACUAUCGGCGCUUCUCAAGAGGCAGGCCAGGUUGGCUCAGCAAGAUGAGGAGGGCACGAAGAUAAUGCAGAAAAAGCGCGGACCUGGCAAUGCGCCCAUGUACUGGUUGACCAGCCCCAAACUACCCGAUGGGAUGGGUUUGGGAUUGUACAAAGCCAUAUUGUCCGAAGCAGAGCAACAGACAGCCGAGAAAGAGCUCGUCACUACUCUCAAGAGAAAGCAGAUACAGCCGACACAAGUGAAGCAUAGCGGUAAUAGGCAGCAACUCACGUCAGGUCCUAUCGAUCCACAUUUCUUCCUAUGCAUGAUUGGCGGUGGUCAUUUCGCCGCAGCGAUAAUAGGUCUUGCGCCAGAAGUACGGAAAGGUCCUGGUGGCGUCGAAGAGCGACAUGCUGUAGUAAAAGCACAUAAGACCUUCCACAGAUACACCACAAGAAGAAAACAAGGUGGAUCUCAGUCUGCGAACGACAAUGCAAAGGGCAACGCUCACUCUGUCGGAAGCUCAAGACGUCGCGCCAAUGAGGCGGCCCUUGUGGUAGACAUCAGGAAUCUGCUUGCUGAGUGGAAGCAAAUGAUCGAUACAGCUGAGCUGAUCUUCAUCCGGGCGACUGGUAGUCAAAACAGACAUACAUUGUUUGGGCCAUACGAGGGCCAAGUUAUGACCUCCAAGGACAAGAGGUUGCGUGGCUUUCCAUUCAGUACUCGACGCGCCACCCAGAACGAGCUAAUACGCGCGUUUCAAGAGCUCACCCGAGCCAAAGUGGAAAAGCUGAUUGAGGAAGAGCCAGAAAAGCCUGUGUCAAUGACACCAAAAGCCCAGCCAAAGAAAGACGUACCUGUAAAGCCUACUGCAGAGCAAGAGGAAGCUCUACUUCAUACCUCUCAACUUCAAAACUUGAUCAGACGAUCGAAAGCUCCGGGUGUCCUUCUCUAUCUGAAAAAGAACAAUUUGUCGGCAAAUCUCACCUUCUAUCCACCUAAUCAAGGUACAAAUCACCAUGCACCAACACCACUGCACCUUGCUGCGUCGCAGAAUGCUGCUGCAGUUGUUGCGGCACUUCUGACCAAGGCUGGCGCAGAUCCUACUGUUCAAAAUGCAGACAGCAAAGUCGCUUACGAUAUAGCCGGAGACAGUAAGACUCACGACGCUUUCCGCAUCGCUCGAUAUGCACUUGGUGAUCAGGCCAUUAACUGGAACGCGGCUCAUGUGCCAUCAGCUAUAUCUCAAGAGGAAGCGGACGCGCGGCACAAGCAAGAGCAGGCCGAUACGGAGUCGGCAGAGGCUGAGCGCCGCAAAGCAGAUCUUGCAAGGAUAAGACAAGAAGAAGAGGAGCGCAAAGUCGGCAAGAUCGAAAAGAAGGCCGGUACAGGCAAGACGCUUGGGGCUGUGCCUGAAAAGACUUGGAUUGAGAAGAAUGAGGAAGACCUGAGAGGCCUGUCGCCCGAGAUGAGGCAGAGACUCGAGCGGGAAAGGAGGGCAAGAGCUGCUGAGGCAAGGAUGAAGGCUCUGGCUGGAGGUAAGUAG